CAUUCUGUUACAUGUUAGUUUUUCAAUUUCUCUGCAAUCCAAUUUGAGGUUUUUCGGGUAUCACUUCACAUUAGUGCCGCCAGUUCUAUAAAUUUGGCGUUGACCCCGUUUUCUAUGUUCAGCAUGUUGCUUCUGAUUUACUUUACUAGCUGCCACGGAGUGUUGGUUUUGAGUAAAUGUUCGUGGGAUUUUCUCAAGUCACUGAUUAGGAAUUAGGAUCAUGGUGCAGAGUAUUUUUCUUUUUCUAGGUUAAAUGACCAAUCAGGGUAGAGAAUUUUGCUUUCUUGAAGACUGAGGAAUCAGGCCCAUGAUAUUCUGAUAUCUAACUGUAUUAGGAAGAUAAUGGGACGAACUUCACCAUUACUUAUCAUUUUUUUGGUUCUUGGUUCGUCCUUUGCCACGUAUAAUGUGGUAACGAUGCUAAUCCGCUAUGGAUCUUCAGAAGGUGUGGCCUUUAGUGAUGGUUUGUUGUUGUUUGAUCCCAUCAUUGAGAUGCCUGCACAUGCAAAGAAUCGGAAGGUGUCUAAGGCACCUUUUCAUGUCGCCCUAACGGCUACUGAUGCUCCAUACAACAAAUGGCAAUGCCGCAUCAUGUAUUACUGGUAUAAAAGGCAAAAGAACAUGCCUGGGUCAGAGAUGGGAGGAUUCACUAGAAUUCUACAUUCUGGAAAGCCAGACAACUUGAUGGAUGAAAUUCCCACUGUUGUGGUAGAUCCUCUUCCAGCUGGUAUGGACAGGGGAUACAUUGUUCUAAAUAGACCAUGGGCCUUUGUACAGUGGCUGGAAAAGGCAACUAUCGAGGAAGAAUAUGUGUUAAUGGCAGAGCCUGAUCACAUAUUUGUACGUCCCUUACCCAAUUUGGCCUAUGGAGGACAUCCAGCUGCUUUCCCAUUCUUUUACAUCACGCCUGAGAAGAAUGAAAAAAUCAUAAGGAAGUUUUUUCCUGAGGAGCAUGGACCAGUUACAAAUGUAGAUCCAAUUGGCAAUUCUCCUGUAAUUAUCAGGAAGGAUUUGAUUGAAAAGAUUGCCCCCACAUGGAUGAACGUGUCUUUGAAAAUGAAAGAGGAUCCAGAGACUGAUAAAGCUUUUGGAUGGGUGCUCGAAAUGUAUGCUUAUGCUGUAGCUUCUGCACUGCAUGGAGUGCGCCAUAUUCUGCGUAAAGACUUCAUGCUACAGCCCCCAUGGGAUCUCUCAACUGAGAACAAGUUCAUAAUUCACUAUACUUACGGAUGUGAUUACAAUAUGAAGGGUGAGUUGACAUAUGGUAAAAUUGGUGAGUGGAGAUUUGACAAAAGGUCUCAUCUACGAGGACCUCCACCGAGGAACUUGCCCUUACCUCCACCAGGGGUUCCUGAAAGUGUGGUGACCCUAGUGAAGAUGGUGAACGAGGCAAGUGCUAACAUCCCCAAUUGGGACACAACGUAAAUAUUUUUCUUUUUUUUUUCUUUUUCAUUUUUACCCUCUUUGUAUUGAAGGUACAUGUUUGGAAAAAGAAAAAGCAUAGCAGAUAUGUUAAGACUAAUUUUUUAUUUUUUUUUUAUUUUUCUUCUUUACCGAGUUUAGUCAUAGAAUCAUAGAUCAAUGUACUAUAUACCCCUUUAUAGGACAAGUUAAUUUCAGGGUAAGGUUUUUUUUUUGGAUAAUUUUUGGGCUAGUACCACAGUGCCAAAUAAUUUGUUCAGUAAAAUAGUACACUUUAUCUGUA